UGCUCGCCUGCUCACGUUCAGCUGCGCCCAUCUAGAGGAUAGAGCGAACAGAAAAAAUACCGUUCCCUGCCCAAAACUGGAUUCUCACAACGGGAGCCAUAAUUAAUCCAUUCUGGAUGUACAGAAGCCACUCUGUCUCUGUAUGGAAAAAUCGCUUGCUUGUGAAAACAUUGAUGCUUCUGUAGUGGAACGUAGACUACUUUUGGGGACAGUAUGUUCAACCUGAUGAAAAAAGACAAGGAGAAGGAUGGCGUCAGGAAGGAGAAAAAAGACAAGAGAGACCGGAGGGAACGGAUGUCAGCAGCUGAGCUCCGAAGCCUGGAUGAGAUGAGCAUGAGACGGGGUUUCUUCAACCUCAACCGGAGCUCCAAACGGGACUCCAAGAACAAGUUGGAGAUCUCGAACCCGAUACCUAUUAAAGUCGCCAGCAGCACUGAGCUCAACCUGACCGACAUAGAGUCGGAUGGCCUCAGUAACCGCAGCAGCAUGGUCCUGGAUGCAGAUCAGCUCAGCGCAGCCAGUUCCAGUGACGAUCUGAAGGGUGAUUACGGCCAAGAUGGCCACCGGAGCUCUGUCAAGGAGCGGGCGGCCAGGUUCGGCUCCCUCGCCAUUCAGAACUCGCAAAUGGGUUCCAUCAUAAAGCGAUUCUCCUUUUCUCAGAGGAAUAAAGAAGAAAGUCCAUCCGAAGGUUCCACACCUUCUGGGCAGAACUCGACUGCCCCGUCUCCACAGGUAGAAACCAAGAUCUUUGACCCCCAACGUAAGCCAAGUGUCCAGCAUCAUCAGCAACAGCCUUCUACUGGGAAAAAGGUGCAGAUUCCUGAGAUUGUGGAUAAGACGUUUCCAGCAGACCUCCGCUUGCCUGCUGUUGUGCCACCGCAGACGCCUGAAGUUCGGGAGCUGGUUCUUCAGAGGCGGAACACUGGGGAUUUUGGGUUCUCCUUGCGGCGCACCACCAUGUUGGACCGUGGCACGGAUGGAGGGGUAUAUCGCAGAGUGGUCCACUUUGCGGAACCAGGUGCUGGUACCAAGGACCUGGCUCUUGGUUUGGUUCCCGGAGACCGGCUGGUGGAGAUCAAUGGGCGAAAUGUGGAGAACAAGAACAGGGAUGAGAUCGUGGAGAUGAUUCGGCAAUCAGGUGACACGGUUCGGCUGAAAGUUCAGCCCAUCCUGGAGCUAAGCGAGCUGAAUCGAUGCUGGCUGAGGAACACCGAAGGGCUGCGGCGGGAAGCAUUUGACCUGGAACCUGUGGCCAGUGCCUCUGUGUCGUCUCAGGUACAGGGCCCCUCUGGGGACGGCUCUUCCCCCACUUCGCCCCUCCAUGGCUUGGCCGGAGUGUGCGCUCGCGUGGCCUGUUGGAGUGGACAGGUGGAGGAGGAUCCCGUGGCAAUCCUAAAGGCAGACCAUGCUGCUGCCGCCCAUUCUAAGGUGAAAACAGAAGAGCAGAUAGCUGCAGAGCAAGCAUGGUACGGUUCGGAGAAAGUGUGGCUGGUCCACAAGAAUGGAUUCUCUCUGGCCACUGUGGUGAAGACAGAGACUGGCAGUCUACCAGAGGGGAAAGUGAAAAUCAAACUGGAGCAUGAUGGGACAGUACUGGAUGUGGACGAGGAUGACAUAGAGAAGGCGAACCCCCCGUCAUUUGACCGCUGUGAGGACUUGGCAGCUCUGCUCUACCUGAAUGAGACCAGUGUCAUGCAUUCCUUGCGCCAGCGCUAUGGAGGAAAUCUCAUCCACACAUACGCAGGAUCCAACAUGGUGAUCAUCAACCCUACCAGCGCCCCCUCAAUGUACUCAGAGAAGGUGAUGCACAUGUUCAAAGGCUGUCGAAGAGAAGACACAGCCCCUCAUAUAUAUGCAGUAUCCCAAUCCGCCUACCGAAACCUUUUGACAACACGACAGGACCAGUCCAUCGUGCUGCUGGGAAAGAGCGGCAGUGGCAAGACCACAAACUGCCAGCAUUUAGUCCAGUACCUGGUGUCCAUCGCUGGCAGCACUGGAAAGAUCUUUACUGCUGAGAAAUGGCAAGCGGUCUACACAAUCUUAGAGGCCUUUGGAAACAGUGCCACCUCCAUGAACAAUAACGCAAGCCGCUUCUCCCAAAUCGUCUCACUGGAUUUUGACCAGGCUGGUCAGGUGGCCUCAGCCUCCAUUCAGACCAUGCUGCUGGAGAAGCUGAGAGUGGUAAAACGACCAGAGACUGAGUCCACUUUUAAUGUUUUUUAUUACAUGAUGGCUGGAGCUGACAGCACACUUAGAACGGAGUUGCAUUUUAACCACUUUGCAGAGAACAGUGCUUUUGGGAUUGUGCCUCAAACUAAGUCUGAGGACAAGCAAAAGGCAUCACAACAGUUCACUAAACUGCAGGCAGCUAUGAAGGUGUUGGGCAUCUCUUCUGAUGAACAGAAAGCUCUGUGGCUCAUCCUUGGAGCCAUAUACCACCUUGGAGCUGCAGGGGCCACAAAAGAGGCUGAUGAAGCGGGCCGGAAGCAAUUUGCACGUCACGAGUGGGCACAGAAGGCAGCUUACCUCUUGGGUUGCACCCUAGAAGAGCUCUCGUCUUCUAUUUUCAAACACCAGCCCAAAGGAACCUUACAGAGAUCCACUUCAUUCCGCCAGGGACCAGAUGAUGUUGGGACAGGAGACAACUCAGCUCCAAAGAUCACCGCUCUGGAGUGUCUGGAGGCCAUGGCUGCUGGACUCUACUCUGAACUCUUUACUCUGGUCAUCUCACUUGUUAACCGAGCGCUGAAGUCGAGUCAACAUUCCCUGUGCUCUCUGCUUAUUGUGGACACACCGGGAUUCCAGAACCCAAAGUUAGCCAAGCGAGACCGUGGAGCCACCUUUGAGGAGCUGUGCCACAACUACACCCAAGAACGUCUCCAAACGCUUUUCCACGAACGCACUUUUGUACAGGAGCUAGAGCGCUACAAGGAGGAAAACAUAGAGCUUGCAUUAGAUGACAUAGAGUCCAGUACAUCACUGUCUGUAUCAGCUAUAGACCAAGCCUCCACUCAAGCAUUGGUACGGACCUUGGCCAGGACAGAUGAGGCGAGGGGCCUGCUGUGGCUGAUGGAGGAAGAAGCUCUGCAGCCCGGGGGCUCGGAGGAAACUCUACUGGAGAGACUCUUCAGUUAUUACAGCCCUGUGGAUGGAGAGAGCAAAGGCCCUGCCCUGCUGCUGAAGAGUGAGAAGGCACAUCACUUCCUGUUGGGUCACAGCCAUGGGACUGACUGGGUGGAGUAUGAUGCUAGCGGCUGGUUGAGCCAUGCCAAACAGAAUCCUGCCUCUCAGAAUGCAGCCAUUUUACUGCAGGACUCUCAGAAGAAGAAUAUCAGCGGCUUGUUUAUGGGGCGUUCAGGGGCUGCCACAGUUUUGUCGGGCUCUAUUGCUGGGCUUGAGGGCGGAUCACAGUUGGCCCUGCGCAGGGCCACAAGCAUGAGAAAGACCUUCACCACUGGCGUGGCCGCUGUUAAAAAGAAGUCCCUCUGCAUCCAGAUUAAACUGCAAGUGGAUGCGCUGAUAGACACUGUGCGGCGAUCUAGGGUGCACUUCGUGCACUGUUUGCUGCCUAAAACGGAGACUUCGGCUGGGGAUUUGAAGGUGCUGGGAGGACCCUCAUCUCGGUCUGGGGAGAUAGUGGCACACGGAGAAAGCUGUGACAACGGCCUCAUGCAGCUGGAUGUGUGCUUGCUCCGGGCACAGCUGCGCGGCUCCAAACUGCUCGACGCCCUGCGUAUCUACCGCCAAGGUUAUCCCGAUCAUUUGGUCUUUUCGGAGUUCCGUCGCCGCUUUGAUGUGCUGACUCCCCACCUGACAAAGAAACAUGGGCGGAACUACAUCGUAACCGAUGAGAGAAGGGCUGUCGAAGAGCUGCUGGAGUCUCUUGAGCUGGAAAAAAGCAGUUAUCACAUGGGCUUGAGCAGGGUGUUCUUCAGGGCAGGUGUUUUGGCUAAGCUAGAGGAGCACAGAGAUAUUCAGACCAGACGCAACAUCACCCUGUUUCAGGCAGCGUGCAGGGGCUACUUGGCCCGACAAGCCUUCAAGAAGAGGAAGAUCCAGAACUUGGCAAUCCGCUGCAUUCAGAAAAACAUCAAGAAGAACCGGGGUGUGAAAGGCUGGCCGUGGUGGAAGCUCUUCACCACCGUCCGUCCUCUCAUCGAGGUUCAGCUUACAGAGGAACAGAUCCGUGGCAAAGACGAGGAAAUUCAGCAACUCAGGUUGAAGCUGGAGAAAGUGGAGAAGGAGAGGAAUGAGUUGAGACUCAAUAGUGAUCGACUGGAAAGCAAGAUCACAGAACUCUCAUCAGAGCUCGCCGAUGAGCGCAACACAGGCGAAUCCACCUCGCAGCUGCUGGAGUCCGAGACCUCGGAGAGACUGAGGCUCGAGAAAGACAUGAAGGAUCUACAGGCCAAGUUUGACGCUAUGAAGAAGCAGAUGGAGUCUAUGGAGAUGGAGGUGAUGGAGGCACGACUCAUACGGGCAUCAGAGCUCAAUGGGGAAAUGGACGACGAUGACACUGGAGGAGAAUGGAGGCUCAAGUAUGAGAGAGCCAUCAGAGAGAUCGAGUUUACCAAGAAGAGACUCCAGCAAGAGUUCGAUGACAAACUAGAAGUGGAGCAGCAAAACAAGAGGCAGCUGGAGAGAAAGCUGACAGACCUGCAGGCGGACAAUGAAGAGGUGCAGCGCGUGGCGCAGCAGCUGAAGAAGAAAUGUCAGAGACUGACAGCCGAGCUGCAGGACACCAAACUGCACCUGGAGGGGCAGCAGAGCCGCAACCACGACCUGGAGAAAAAACAGCGAAAGUUUGACUCAGAGCAGACUCAGGCUCAGGAGGAGGUGCAGAGAGAGAAGAGUCAGCGGGAGAAACUGAGCAGAGAGAAAGGCAUGCUGACCGGGGAAGUGUUCAGCCUUAGACAACAACUGGAGGAUAAGGAUCUGGAGAUAUGUGCUGUCAAUCUGAAGCUCGAGCAAAUGGAGGCCGAGCUUCAAGAUCUGAACUCGCAGGAGACAAAGGAUGAAGCAUCACUGGCCAAGGUUAAAAAGCAGCUUCGUGACCUUGAGUCAAAGGUCAAAGAUCAAGAAGAAGAGCUUGAUGAACAGGCUGGAACCAUUCAGAUGCUGGAGCAGGCCAAGCUCCGUCUGGAGAUGGAGAUGGAGAGACUGAGACAGACGCAUUUAAAAGAGAUUGAGAGCAAAGACGACGAGGUGGAGGAGAUCAGACAGUCCUGCAGCAAGAAGCUCAAGCAAAUGGAGGUGCAGCUGGAGGAGGAGUAUGAAGAGAAGCAGAAGGUCUUGCGGGAGAGGAGAGACCUGGAAGCCAAGCUGAUGAGCGCUCAAGACCAGGUGAGCCACAGAGAUGUGGAAACAGAAAAGCGUCUGAGGAAAGACCUGAAGCGCACAAAGGCGUUGCUGGCUGAUGCCCAGAUCAUGCUGGAUCACCUGAAGAACAAUGCUCCCAGCAAGAGAGAGAUCGCUCAGCUCAAGAACCAGCUCGAGGAAUCGGAGUUCACGUGUGCUGCUGCAGUCAAAGCCCGAAAGUCAAUGGAAGUGGAGAUCGAGGACCUCCAUGUCCAAAUGGAUGACAUAUCUAAAUCCAAGCAGGCGCUUGAGGAGCAGCUGAGUCGAUUGCAGAGGGAGAAGAAUGACCUGCAGUCUCGCAUGGAGGAGGAUCAGGAGGACAUGAACGAACUCAUGAAGAAACACAAAGCCGCUGUUGCCCAGUCCUCACAGAACCUGGCCCAGAUCAGUGACCUGCAGGCCCAGCUGGAGGAGGCCAUGAAGGAGAAACAGGACGUCCAGGAGAAGCUCACAGCCCUGCAGAGUCAGCUAGAGUUCCAAGAGCAGUCCAUGGUGGACAAGUCUCUGGUCAGCCGGCAGGAGGCCAAGAUCCGUGAGCUGGAGACCAAGCUGGAGUUCGAGAAGACACAGGUCAAACGCUUGGAGAGCCUUGUAGCGAGGCUGAAAGAGAAUCUCGAGAAGUUGACUGAGGAACGAGACCAACGUAGUGCCAGCGAGAACCGGGAGAAAGAGCAGAACAAGCGCCUCCUGAGGCAGAUCCGAGACGCCAAGGAGGAGAUGGCCGAGCUGGCCAAGAAGGAAGCGGAAGCCAGCCGCAAGAAACACGAGCUGGAAAUGGAUAUUGAGAGUUUGGAAGCAGCCAACCAUAGUCUCCAGGCGGAUCUCAAGCUGGCCUUCAAGAGGAUCGGAGACCUCCAGGCUGCUAUUGAGGAUGAGAUGGAGAGUGAUGACAAUGAGGAUCUCAUCAACAGUUUACAAGACAUGGUGACUAAGUAUCAGAAACGAAAGAACAAGAUCGAGGGCGCCUCUGAUACCGACUCUGAGGUGGAGGGCCGCGUUGACGGGGUAAAGUCAUGGCUGUCCAAAAACAAGGGCUCUGCCAAGAACCUGUCAGAUGAUGGUAGUCUGAAGAGCUCAAGCCCACCCUCCAGUCGCAGACGCUUCUGCCUUGACAGAUCUGACGAGGAAGAGGAAGAAGAAAAAGAGGAAGGGAGCAUGGGCCGAAGCACCUACCGCUCUACAAACGCAGCAGCUACCUGAACGACAGCGAUGGCGAAACCACUGCGUAGCCACCCCCCACGCACACAUUCACCUGCACUCACGUUCAUAAAAAGGAGGACUUAA